UCCUUUCCCCUAAAAUUCCCUUCGCGAACUAUUAAUUAAUGACGAAACAUAAAAACGUCGACAGAAAAACGAAAAAAAAAAAUUGAAAAAAUUGAAUUAGGGCUGAGAUGGUUUCGAACAAUUUAAAUUUUAAUUCCAUCGACAAAAAAAAAUGGAAUGUCGGUGUGAAGUUGCAGUUAACCUCGUCAACAAUUUUAGAUAUUGCAAACGAAAAAUUUCGAGAUUACGAUACCCUAAAUCCCUUUAUGAUUCACUGGAGCCAGUCAAAAUGGAUGCAGUGAGAGACUGCAUAGAGUGCAUUAAUUUCCAUUGGAUAGCGAUGGUCGGCGCAGGAAUGUACGCACACAUCAGGCAAAUUUGUGUAAUAGGAUUGUGCUUUGAACAUGAAAACCUUGUGCCCUUCCAACCCACCCAUGCAUCCCUUAUCUUCACCUUCUCUGUUCUGUCACUACUCGCGGAGUUUAAACCCUGGCCUUCCUCCCUCAAAGAACCACCAGUGCUAUUGUUGUAUCUUUACGAGAUGCUCGUAGCAGCUUUUGUGACAAAUUUAUCGACUCGCAUCGUCUGGAUGCCCCUGAUAAGUUCUCUCUGGUGUCUCACUCAGGAAUCGAGUAAAUUUCUGUACUGGGCCAACUCGAAGGCCGGCCUGGACAGUUACUCCCAUCUAACCAAUGUGGCUGGUUACCUGAUAAAAGAAGACGCCGUCACUCACAUGAGCGUCUGCAUGUCGAUCCUCUCAUUCGUCUGGAUGCUGGACGCCACAGAAUCCCUCGAUGUCAUCCUCGACUGCUGGGCCAAAGUGGAGACAACUGUGUCGAGGAUGUUUAGAAAACGUCUGAGGAACCGGAGGAUCUGCUUCGAGGACCCUGAGGUCACCGAUUUCUUCAUUUAUGAUGCUGCAUUACACUCCAUAUCAUGAUGAUCCACGGACUCGUGCCAUUUAGGAUUAUCAAGAUCUAUUAAAUUUUUAUAAAUAUCGAUGAACUCUGUGUCUAAUUUUGUUCAUGAAAAAAUGUAAUGAAAAAGGAGGCCCUGCUCUAAUUUUUUGCGGGU